GCCUAAUCCAGUUUCUUGAUAUGGGUUCAAAUUUCAAAUCAGACGACCUAAGGUUGGCCCAAAGCCAUAAAAAGAACAUAUUUGAGCAGCCUGAACACUGGAAACCAAUCCAAGUUUGUAGCCCAACGUCUACCCAUGCAAAGUCGGAGUAGCAUUCCAACAGGAGAGUGCGCCCAGAUCCACUUAUUAUAUAUCUGCGAGCCGUUCAAAAAGCUUCAAAAUGGAAAACAGAAACAGAGAAAGCAUUCCAUAUCAAUGGAAGCGGGAACUAUCCUCCCCACCUCCAUUCUCUUUAGAAGCCCAUUCCAUUUCCCAAUCUCUCGUCCCCUCCAAAAUUUGCGCUUCUUCGUUAGAGCCUCUUCAGAUUUAAAUUCGCAGGGGAAGUAUAGAGGACCGAAGCCGAAGAGAGAUUUGGUGGCAGAUUGGGUAUCGAACAACGACGACACCGUUCGAAGCUUGCCAAUUUACGUUGGAGGCGCUUCUCUCUUGGCCGUGCUCUUUAAUCGCGCGGCCUCUGGUAUUGCUCCUGUUGCCGAUGCCAGUAGUUCACAAUCUAGGGCUGAUCUAUUGACACUUGGAUUGGCUGUUACCAAUAUAUUAGCUGGUUUAAUAUGGCUCUCGAUCAAGCCAAAAUCUAUAUCUCUGGUAAAUCCUCAAGGUGUGGAGUGUCAGAUUAUAUUAUCCCACCUACCUGACUAUGUGGUGUCUGAGUUGUUAUGGGCAUGGGAAUCUCUGUCAGCUGCCACAUGCUGUAGAUCUCUAGUUGUUGUUUAUGAUUGCGUCUGUUUUCUACAAAUUGGUAUGGCAGCUGAAUCUCCCAAUAAGGGUGAAGCAUUGUCCGUGGAUGCUGCCAAACUGAUGCAGGGAUCACUUGUUCAAGCCAUUAAGAAAUCUGGAGCUCAGAGCUAUCUGGCCAACCUGUCUCUCUAUCCUGGGAGGACUGAGCUGCCGUUUCUUCCUUUAAAUACACAGGCAGUGAUUUUGCAGCCACUUGGAGAUAAAGGAGUUGCAAUAAUUGGUGGUGACACAAUUAGGGGUUUCACUACUUCCGAUCAGGCUUGGAUUACAUUUAUUGGAGAGAAACUUGAUAGCACACUAGCAAAAUGUGUAAUCAGCAGUCCAUUGGCAAUGCAAGAUAGAAUUUGAGACUAGCCUGGAGCAAAAGAUUCAGGCAUGUCAUCCGAGUCUGACAACAUGUGCUUGGUUGAUAUUUUAACUAAGAAGACAGUGAAAAUAUAAGUCUCUGUUCCAUGAGAUUCAACGUAUGCUAGCUUGGCAAUGGGAUGUUAGAAUUCAGCCUUGUUAUCGGGAAGCAAAUUAUUGUGCAGAUGGCCUUGCUAAUUUUAGAUUCAAUGUUGGUUAUGGUUGUUGUUUCUUAGACAAUCCUCCUGAUGUUCUAAAGAAUUUGUCGUACCAGGAUAGAGUUGGUGUUGUCACACCCCUGAAUGUUGUUUAGGCAUUUCUGCCUCCUUUUGAUUAAAAAAAUAAAUAAAAAUUUCUGGACUCAUAUAUGCAUAAA